GCCCCUCGACGCUCUUCUGCGCCCCAGCACGCCUCGGCCCUCCCUGCACUCGUCCCGCCAAUUGCGCGCGUAUUACGUAGUCUUACUCCGACACUUUUCGCGACUCUCCUUGCGCUGCGCGCCCCCCGUCACCCGUAUCCAUUGUAAUCCCAUCUUAGCCGACAAGCCCACCACCAUGGUUGUUGAUCGCGUUCUGCCCGAGAGGAAGAACCCUCUGCUCGAGCCCACCGACUCGACAGCUGUCGACAUCCUCAUCGAGAGACGCCGCCUGGGACAGACCAACCUGGGCGUCAAGGCCGGCCAGGUCGGCCUCACCAACGCGGCAAAGCCCGAAAACCUGGGCACCUUUGACUACGCGCACCUGAGGGUCCCCUUGCCAAAAGACCUCUCGGGCUCUGGCAUCUUUUCGCGAAACCGCAUGUCCGCCUUCCCCGAGUCAUAUUUCUUGAUGCGACGCAGCAGCGAUGGCUACAUUAGUGCUACCGGCAUGUUCAAGGCUGCAUUCCCAUGGGCAUCUCUGCAGGAAGAGGAACUCGAACGCAAGUACCAGAAGACGUUUCCAUCCGCCGGCGCUGAAGAGGUAGCCGGCAGCGUUUGGAUCGCGCCAGAGGAGGCUCUUGCGCUCUCGGAAGAAUACUCGAUGCGCCACUGGAUAGAGGCGCUGCUCGACCCCGCGCCCAUUGAGAAGGGCAACAAGGACAAGGCAAACGUGCACAUUCAGAUGCCCCCCAGGUUCGACGUUGCAAACGCACAACCCGCCACUCUCCCUACGCCUGGUCUUGUUCGCACAACGCGCGCACGUUCGGCCCGAUCCGUCUCACCCAGCAAGGGCAUGACACCAAGUCGCAAGUACGCCACCCCACGCAAACCACGAACGACACGAAGCACCGUGAAGCCAGACGUCAACAAGGCAGACGAUGUCUUUAGACCCACCGAGGCCGUUACUCCGUCAAGUGCGCUGCAAAACAUUAUUGCUAAUGGCGUAUCGGAACCCGUCACACCAUCAGUCGAGCGCGAGGUCAAAGAGAAGGAGCCAGAAGUCGAGGCUGCGCAAAACGGCGAGACAAAGCCAGAGCCUGAGGUCAAGGAGGGCACAGUCCGCAUUGAAGUGCAGCAAACCGUCGAGACCAACGGCGACACGGAGAAGACGAGCACCAACGUCACAGUCGAUGUCCCACACGACCAUGCUGCGCUGCCCGAGCCCGAAGACCCCAUGGCCAUGAUUGCCGAGGCCAAGCGUAUGGUUGCCGAAGCACAACAAUUCGACGCCAACUCAGCAACCACGGUUACGCGGUCAUCGAAGCGUGGCAUCGAAGACGUGCUCGACGCGGAGGAUCUGGCCGAAGAGCGCCUCAAUAAACUCGCAAAGGUCGCAUACACAACCGAACAGAAGAUGACAAAGGAAAAGGUCACACGGAGGGCACUGGUUGGUCUAGGAGUCAUGGCUGCUAUUGGAACCGCAUUCCAAUACUUUGUAUAAGUGUGCGGAUCCAUAUAUCUCUCUCUGUGUCUCUCUACAUAUAUAUCCCUCACACCUUUUUUUUUAAUUCGAUCUCACCUUAUUUCUUGGAUUGGUGGUUUUUUUUUGCGCUUUUUUUUUCUCUCUCUCUUGAUGUCAAAUGACAAACUCCUCCGCCCGGCUAUGUAUGUGUGUGUGUUUGGGGGGUUUUUUGGGUACACCCAUGGGAGGGGGGGGGGAUGCAAAGGGC